GAUGGCGGGCGACACUCACAAUCCUGACAGACAGUCACUCUCGUCUAGAACGAUUACAGAUAUUCAUUACAGACCCUUGAUGCAGCCAGAAUACACACUGUACUCUAGAAGAUGGUACAUCGUCUUAGUUGUGUGUGUUGUCAAUAUGGCGAACGCCUUGAUCUGGAUCUGCUUUUCUCCUAUCACCAACCUGACCACGUCAUACUACAGCAUCACAUCCAUGCAAGUCAACUGGUUGUCACUCAUCUAUCUCGUGGCUUGCAUUCCCUUUGGAUUUAUUGCAACAUGGCUUCUCGACACUGUCGGCCUCCGGAGUAGUAUAAUUUUAUCAGCAUGGUUGAACCUGAUUGGCUGCCUGCUCCGAUCUCUAACGGUGUUUGACUUCAUGCCCCAUGAUGCCCGGUAUCCCGUGCUGAUGACCGGGCAGCUCUUUGCUGCUUGUGCUCAGCCAUUCAUUAUGUUCUGUCCCACCAAACUGGCAGCGCUGUGGUUCCCUGAUACACAGCGAGCUACAGCAAACACUUUGGCCUCUAUGGCUAAUCCUAUUGGAAUAAUGGUUGCAAAUUUGCUGGCACCAAGGCUAGUCACUGUUCCGUCGGAGUUACCACGCUUGUUGUGGACAUGUACAGGUGUGGCUGGUCUAGGGGUUGUUAUGGCAACGUUUGGAGUCUGUAGUUCUGUCCCACCAACACCACCAACUUCAAGUGCAGCAGAGGAAUCGGAACCAUUCUUCUCGGGACUGAAAAAGCUCCUGCGGGUGAAGUCCUACUGGGUGCUGUGUUUCGUGUUCGGUGCUGGUCUGGCCAUCUUUACAGCAUUCACUACAUUUACAGAACAGAUUCUAUGUCCGAGGGGAUACGUCAAUAGUUUCUCUGGUUUGUGUGGGGCGCUGAUGAUUGGCGUGGGUGUUGUUGGCGCUGCUGUGGCUGGUGUUAUCUGUGAUAAGACAAAGCGUUUUGAAGAAGUUGCCAAAAUCAGUUUUGCCGGAGCCACAGUGUUUGGGAUAGUAUUUACGGAGGUUAGUCGUUUCAGAGACAUGAAAAUCGAGAUUGCCGGAAGCAUCGCUUUGUUUGGGUUCUUUGGCUUUGCAUUGUAUCCUAUAUGCAUGGAGUUAGCAGUUGAGGUUACCUACCCUGUUGCCGAGGCAACCAGUUCAGGGAUGCUGUUUAUAUCAGGCCAGGUCCAGGGGAUUGUGUACAUGUUGGUGUCCCAGAUGAUUGCACAGCCCCUGCCUGAUGAUGAAGUGGGCCUCCCAACCGGCUGCAACACCAACGGCUCAUCUAUAGGUGCCGACUUCACACCUCAAGACUGGACAAUCCCCAACUUGUUUCUGAAUGGUGUGGCAGCCUUCGUCUCCAUUGUUCUCAUUCUCCUGUUCCGUCCAAACUACCGCCGGAUGAGAGCUGAGGAACUUGCAAAGGCAGAGACUAUUCUUAAUUAUGAAUCUGUAGACUCAGGGUGAUUUAAGUGUUAAAUUAUUCAGAAAAUAGUGUACAGCUUAAUGUUGACCAUCUGUGAAAUACCUGGGUAUUAUUUUGGUGAUGAUAGUCACUUGUGUCUGAAUGAGCCUGGUUUGCCACCCACAGUGCCUGCUGGGUCUACUAGCUGCACAGACACUUCCUGUUUGCUAUGUGUUGUCCCUGGACAAAUUGCUGACACAUAGCUUGAAGAUACUGCUAGGGAUAUGACAGGAUGCCUUUUCAAGAUAAUUACCAUGGUUACCAACAAUGUUGUGUGUGCCAGAAUCCUAUAAUGGCAAGUUUGAAUCCCAGGAUGGCCUU